UGACAAAGUCGGCGCCGCCAUUCGCUUCAGAAGGUGCUUAGAGGUCACGCCGACACACACGCUCACCGCUCGCUCUGCGUCACUUAUUCCAUCAUCUGCAACAUGAAGUUCGCCGCUGCCAUCUUGCUCCUGACACUUAUCGCCGUACAGUCAAGCGAGGCAAUAAAAUGCUACCAAUGCCUUCCCGGCACCGAUUGCAAGAAAGAGGUCGAUUGCCCUGGCUCUUGCACGACAACGACAGCCUCGACAUCGGUGGUGGGAGUGACUACCACUACUAAAGCCUGUUCUCCAACCCCUAUUCCCAACGGAUGCAAGGAAAAUUCCGUUUUAGGAAACACUGGCAAGAUCUGCGCGUGUGACACCGACCUGUGCAACAAAGGCGUCGCUUGUCAUGUUGCUAUUCCUCUCAUGAUUGUCGCUGUUCUCCUUGGUCGCUUCAUGUAAACAAAAGGCAAAAAAAGGAGAGAGAGAAAAAGUUUCCAUGUAGGAUUCGUCUGAAGGAGAUUUUUUUUUUUUUUUUUUUCAUGCUUGUGUUUCCUUUCUUCUGUUUUGACGUCUGUCUGGUGGUGUAAGCGAAGCUGUUUUCAAAGUAUGUUGGAUAUAUAUAUAUAUAUAUAUAUAUAUAUAUAUAUAUAGAUAUAGAUAUAUAUAUAUGUGUAUCUGUGAUGAAAGAUAUAACCUGGUGGUCUAAGUCAAAGAAAGUAUAAACCUGAUUGAGACAGAUAAACGCAGCGCCAAUCUAUGUAAAAAUAAACAAAUAAAUAAUAUUCUGCAAAUCUACAGAUCGACGAAAAUCAUCUACUUCACUGACUGGUGAAGCAUGACGUACAAGUUCUCAAAAGCAGUAUAGAAAUCAUAAUUCUGUCAAUAUUUACAUGUGCCUUAUUCUUUUUUCUUUUCUUUUCGUUUAUCUUUUUUCUUUUUAAUCUUACCUUCCCCGUCUUCAAAUUAGGGAUAUCCAGCGCCCUCUGCCACGCACUGCAUUUUUUGCCAUCAUCAUAAUGAAAUCUCCCUUUGUUUAUGUUAUUCCCUGUUGCUCAUUUGAAGACACACCCUCAGUGGCAAAGAGACACAUCGAUCUUUUGCCUUGUCCAUCACAUAUGACGUGCAUCAUGAACUUGGGAGGAUAAUCACGGAUUUCAUUAGCAAAAUUAUCCAACGGUUAUGCGGAUGAUCUAACAGCAGACGGUCCAGCUUUGUACACAAUAAAACAAGAAUAACGAAAUCUACGGUGAACAAGACAGUGAGAAGAAGAAGAAGAAGAAAACAAAGAAGAAGGAAAAAAUAAAUCAGUAAAUAAGAUAAAUGUAGAAAUUACCAGUCUCCAAGUCUCGUCUUAAAUUUAAAAAAAAAAGUUAAAAAAAAAAAAAAAAAAACAAUAAUAAAAAAAAUAAAAAAAAAAAUGUAAAAAACUGGCGUCUCCCCUUAGAUAAAAAUAAAUAAAUACGAUAAAUAAAAAAAAAAAAAAAUGAAAACAGCAAGAUUCAAACAAGGACUCGUCUCCUGUUGCAUCAUCGUUGUGGCCGUUGAUUAUGGAGAUGAUGACAAGUGUUUCAAACUUUCAAAGAAUUUGGUCGCACAAAUAAAAAAACAAAAACAA